CGCGAACAACAACGAACGCCGAACAAGAAAUCGUUUUGACAGCGAACAUGGAAUGUCUCACUCGAAAACAUAAAUAAAUGGCCACCGUUAUUGUUACGUUUAUCAUAACCACGAGAUUUUAUGUUUGUAAAAUGGACGCCGACUACAUAGGAAGGCGGAGGAUUCACGAUUUGUCACAAAGAGAAAAACGGUGGAGCAUGAAUUCACAGAGGCUCGAGGAAAUAGUGGCGGAGCUGAUGAAGCCCAUCAGCGACGUCCGCCGGAGCUUCGACACGGACCUAAGCGCGUUGCUGGAGGAAUACCUGACGGAGGCGGGCUUGCACGCGCUAGAGGCGAGCGAGCGAGAUGAGCGUGAAGAAGAACACGCCGAGGACGACACAGUGGCGCCCAACUUCGUGGAGCUGGCGCUGCUGCUGCAGCACUCGGCCAGCGUCUACGGACGCAAGGUCGACUUCCUCUACCAGCACGUGCUCAACGUUAGCGACUCUUUACACAACAGUACACUCGAGGCGACCGGUGGCCCUAGCGGCGCUGGCGAGGAGCCGGCCACCCCCGGCGGCAAGCGGCGGCGGCGCGCGUCCGCGGCGGAGGCGGGUGGCGGGUUCGAACCCGUGGCGCUGGAGGCGGCCCCGGGCGCCCGCCGCCCGCCGCCCGGGCUGCGCCCCCCGCCCACGCUGCCGCGCGUCUACGUGGAGCUGGAGCCGCGCCAGCUGGCGGCGGCGGACGUGCCGCUGGUGGACUACGCCGGGGAGCCGGUGGGGCUGCUGGCCGACUUCCACGCGGCCUGGCGGCUGCGCGGCGGCCUGCUGGUGGACGGCCUGGAGCCCUGUCUGGAGCCCUGCCACCCCGCCGCCUCGCUGCGUCCCGCGCCCCUCGCCGAUCUGCAGGCCGCCAUCGACGCGGCCGCCCCGCCGUCCCCGCCGCCGUGCUCCACCCCGCUGCCGCGCUCGCGCUCCCCCAGCGCCCCCCCGCCCGCCGCCGCGCCCCCCGCCGAGGACCCCCCGCCGCCGGAGCUGCCCCCGGAGGAGUCCCCGCCCGUGGACCCGCCGCCGGCCGACCCCCCGUGCCCGGACCUGCCGCCCGUCGAACUGAAGAAGGAGCGCAAGAGGAAAUGCGAAACGAAAAUUGAAGACAUCGGACCUGUCAAGUUAUAUCUCAGUAAAGAAUUGCGGCGGCACCUCCGCACAGCCUGCGAGUUCAGCCUGGCGCCCGAGUGGAUAGCAAAUAUUGUGGAGAUGCGCAAACGACACGUACUCAGCGCCCGCAGGAGGCUCGAGAUGCACGAGCCCCGGCCUCCGAGCGAAGAUUUCCACGGAUUCGAUUCCACGGAUGUUGGGGGGUUCACGGGGUGGAGCGCGGAGGAGGGGCGGCAGGCUCGCGAGGGGGCGGGGCAGGGGGCGGGGGCGGGGCCGGGGGCGCGGGACGACAGCGACGACGACGGGUUCUUCGAGCAGAGCUCCCUCGGGGACUCGGACGGCUCGCGCGGGGACGACGCGCCCCUCAACCACUCCCUCACCUCCGCGGACUCGGUGUCGUCGUGGCAGGCGGCGGUGGUGGCGCGCGCGGCCGCGGGGGAGGCCCGCGCCCCCGACGUGCGGCGGCUGGGGGCGCGCCUCCUGCGGCGGCUGCGGGCCUGCGGGGGGCGCGCCCCCUUCACGGCGCUGCUGGCCGCCGCCGCACGCGGCCCGCACCACGUGUCCGGCCUGUUCCUCGCCGCGCUGUUCAUGGCCAAUGCAGGCAACGUGGAGGUGAUACAAGGCCCCCCGCUGUCGCUGAACUCGUUCUCGCUGCAGCUGCUGUCCACCGACACGCAGCAGUACUGCGCCGCCGUCGCCGCCGACGGCCACGUGGCUGCCUCCUCCUCUGCAGCACCAGCGGCGCUGCCUCCGCCCCGGUGAGACGGACUCUGGUGCGACAGCAGUGACCUCGCUGGCGACUGAUGUUAAAAAAAUAUAUCUAAUGACUCGUGACUUUUUAAAAAGUUUGUGUAGUUGAACACGCACCAGAAACUAUUUAUACGACUUCUAUAUACAAAUUAUUGUAUAAAAUGUAUUUGUAAAUAUAGGUUAAAAAUAAUAUGAUAAUGUAUUUAAUAAAUUUUAUGUGAUACCUGACUGGUAAAGAAGAUACGAUAGACAGUUCACACCGCGUUCAAAACGUGGAGAGGACUUCGUUGCGUCGUUGAGUGCUAAUAAUAUAAGUGUACCAAAAAAUCAAGAAUUAUAUCAGUAUAAUUAUUCACUUCAAAUGGUAUUACUUGAUAAUUUUCUAUAUAAAUAAUAUAUAACUAUGUCGUUAAAAGGGUACAUUUAUUAAUAUAAUAUAUUGAUCUUAUUAUUUUAAUAUUAAAUUGGAUUACCAUAGUAAACAUACGGUACCGUACGGUCCGGCCGCUCAGAGUUUGUGUUUCUGACAGGUCGGGAUCGAAUGGGCGAUGUAACUUUGAACCGACGUACAUACAUACUUUUUAAGUCAAACCACAUCAAACUACGCUGUUUGAAGGUUAUAUCAACUGUUUGUUUUUCCAGUGAUGUGACCAAAUAACCUUGAAACAGCGCAGUUAGAUGUGGUUUGACUUUUAAAAAGUAUGUGCGUACGUCAGUUCAAAGUUACAUCGCCCAUUCGAUCGCCGGACCUUAAUUUCAUAUGUUAGUGUUGUAAACUUUACUUUAUGACCUUUAAUUAAGUACUGACAGUAUACUGACGUCAUUACAUUGUAGAAUUGGCUCAUGGUCCAAUAUUAAUAUAUAUGAUAUUUGUAUUAUUAAUUAUGUAAGCAUAUUAUUUAUUAACUGAUCUCUGUUUACUCUAUAUACGACUGGGAGACAUCCUUCCAGACAUGUGGCGUUAGUC